GAUGAGGACGACGCUGAGUGAGGAAGCGAAGGAGAGAAUAUCAGAGAGGUUGUCAUGUUUGGAGAACCUUUACUUUCCGCGAGCCCUCGAAUCCACUUCAACACUUCCUUCUCAACGCAAGGCCAUCUUCCAUGACCUUCUCUCCAGAGACGUUGCCCUCUUCUUAGAACGAUAUGGGUCCCAACUUACAUCCAAUGAGCUGAGUGAAUUUGAUUCAAUGAAAGAUGAUUAUGAGAUUAAUUGGCACAUAAAGCGACUGCGGAGUAUAAUGAGUCCAACAUCAGAGGAGUUGAGGAUGAGGUCUGUGACAGUGAAGAACAGGAGGCGUGCCUACUUGGACAAAUUGAUGUGCGGUGGGUACUACUUCUCUGAAGAUGCAAUGAGGGAAAGAGAACCAUAUCUGCAUCAUGAAUAUGUGGGCAAGUUUCAGGAUCAGAGUGGCAGAGGCAUGGCAAGGCCUGGAGAACGCUGGUCAGAGACACUGAUGAGGAGGUGUGAGGAAGCAGCGCUGGUUGCAAAGAUUAGAGGGGAGCAGCAGAGGAUGGGUGUUGCUGAAAGGGACUGGAUUGGUAAUGAAAGAUUUCAAGAAGAACAACAGGAGGAGGAGGAGGAGGAGGAGGAGGAGGAGGAGGAGGAGGAGGAAGAGGAGGAAGAAGACGAAGAUCAAGAGGAGGAACUGGAUGAUGAGAGGAGAAGAGUGAAUGAGGAAUCAACUUUAUCUGCAGAAGAGCUGGAGGACCGGAUGAAUCAAUUCACCUAUGUUAUGCAGCAGAAAUUUCUGUUAGGGGAAGAUCACGAACAUUUAGAUUACGCCAAAAUAGAUAAUGACGAGACCCUUGACGAUCAUUGGCAGAGAGAGGCCAAUAUUGAUGCAGAGGAGAGAUAUUUUGCUGAUGACUAAACUACAGCAUCAUACUGGGUAA